AUAUACUAGGAGUUGUCCUCGUAUGAGCCACGUGGCACUUCGACAUUUGUCGCACAAUAACUACAACAAAACAAUCCAAUGGCUUAGAUUAUUUCCUAUUAACGCUAUCGCAGUCCUGGAAGCAGUGAAUAGCCUCAAGUCAACUUCCUAAUCCGUUGAACAGAAGACCAAUCAUCCUUGAAGUUGAAGCAGGUCUUCGUCAAGAGAGGGUGAGAAAGAAGGGGUGCAGACCGGCAGGAUUUGCAGCAAGAACAUGGAGAGCACUCCAAGAAUAUCAGUGUUGGAAGGGAAGCUUGGAUUAUCUGGCAUCCUCAAAGAAACUAUCAAGAUCCCUUCGGCUAAGGUUUUACGGAAGGAUCUGGGCCUGGAUUGCUUGUUCUGCUUCGGUUGGGAUCGCAUGAAAGCCGUGGAUAUGUUAGUUGCGAAGGUUUCUCAUAACUUCGUCCUGUUGGUGAUAUCGCAUAUGGGAAUCCUCCAUUUCUUGGAUCUUUUCAACACCAUAGCCACAGUGAAUUCCGCAUCAUAUAUAUAUGCAGGGGAUAAGGUCCUGACUCUAAAGCAAAUGUUCAUCAAACACGUUAUGGACACAAGAAUUAGAGGCCCUCUCGUCACGUCCAUUUGUGUUGUCUUGUUGACUUUUCUGUUAUCGAUGGGGCUGCUCUCCAUUGCGUUACAAGCAUAUAUCACUUACUAUUAUCCUCUGUUCACGAUGUUAUUUGUAGCCAUGUUUGUGGCUUUGUUGGUACAGUAUGUGAAGUGGAGUGCCAUAUGGAACAUGGGCACUUUGAUUUCGAUAUUGGAAGACAAAGACGGGAACGAGGCCUUGUUGGUCUCUGCAUAUAUCAGUAGAGGUGAUAGGCUAAGUGGAAGCCUAUUGAUGCUUGUUUGUGUUGCAUGGAGGCUUUGCUUGAGACUAGGAUAUUUUUUCAUGGGGUGGAGUAGCAGAAAAAGCAGGGUUUGGAUCACGAUAGUGUAUAUUAGCUUGGUUUGUGUGGCAAAUGGAUUCAAGUGGGUGGCCUUUGUGGUUUACUUCAAUGAAUGCAGAAAAUGGAGUUCUGCGACGGAGGUGUCUCAAUCUGUCUAGAGUCAGCAUUUGUAUGGGACUGUUAUAAGUUAUAGCUCUGUUUUUUUUCUUUUUGGGGUUAAAUUUGCAAUAUAUAAAAAGCUAAUAGCGACUUAAUGCAUGCAAUAUUGUUUUAUGCCAGCAAUACUGACGUUUCUUGGAAUUGAAAGGGAAAAUAUAGGAGAAGAAGAAAAUGAAACGGAAUACAAAGGAUCUGAUAACUGCAUAAAUACCCGAGCUUCUUUCCUGUGAGGAUAAGAAUUAAGAUACUGUGAUAGAUAGGAGGAAGAAGGGCGAAGAAAGAGAUGCUAGACGAUCAGGACUUGCAUCAAUUGUCUUAAUUCUGAAUCCCUUUUAUACAAUUUAAUUAAUACAUGUUAA